AAUUUCAUUAUAUUUUUUUACCUUGAAAGCAGGAAUGUCGAAAUCCCGCUCGAAACUAAACUACAUUGAUAAACAUGUUGCGCGACAGUAGAUGGAGCAACUGGCUGCAGUGAGUCAGUCAGCUUGACGUUUCGAGUGAAUAACGAUCGAGAAACAGAAAGAAAAAUCAAAGAAAAGAAAAGGAAAAGAGGAGGAAGGAAUAAUCGUAUUUUACCUUGUACGUAUUUUAUUCGACAAAAUGAAUAGACUAUUUGGUCGACCUAAAGCCAAAGAACCGUCACCAAGUCUUACCGACUGUAUCGCCGGGGUCGACAGCAGAGCGGAUACUGCGGAGAAAAAGAUAGCAAAAUUAGACGCGGAAUUAAAGAAGUACAAAGAUCAGAUGAUUAAAAUGAAAGAGGGCCCGGCGAAGAAUGCAGUGAAGGCUAAGGCAUUACGCAUUCUGAAACAGCGCAAGAUGUAUGAAUCGCAGGUGGACAACUUGCGUCAACAAGCGUUUAACAUGGAACAGGCGAAUUAUGCCACUCAAACGCUGAAAGAUACUCAGGCAACUGUGGUCGCUAUGAAAGAAGGAGUAAAACAAAUGCAGAAAGAGUUUAAAAAUAUCAAUAUAGAUCAGAUCGAGGAUCUUCAAGACGAUUUGGCGGAUAUGUUGGAACAAGCGGAUGAAGUCCAAGAGGCGAUGGGUCGCAGUUAUGGUAUGCCAGAUAUAGACGAGGAUGAACUAGCUGCCGAAUUAGAGGCUCUUGGAGACGAUUUGGCUGUCGAUGAAGACACUAGUUACUUGGAUGACGCGAUCAAAGCACCUAGCGCUCCUGACAAAGAACCUGGCGCGAGUUCCAUUAGGAAUAAGGAUGGCGUCUUGGUAGACGAAUUUGGUUUGCCACAAAUACCAGCCAGUUAAAACGCUGAUAAAACAUCGGUAUAAAUUAAUGUUACGUAUAUCGAUAUUUCCAAAGAUGAUGAUUGGUUUUUGAACGACUUUCAAAGGCUUUUGCUACGUAUAUAUGUAGUACACAGAUAAUGUGCUCAGUAUUCUAAAUUUUUGAUGUGGAUAUAAAAUUCGCGCAAGCUGUAAAUUUUCAAUGAACGAAACGUAAUUUUAUUGUUGCCAACAGAUAAGUUGUACUAUUCUAUUUUUAUUGCUUUAUGUUUAUGUUAAUGUACAGAUCAAAUUAAAUAAAACAAUCUAAUUUAAGAAUUUAAAGUA